GCUUAUGUCAGUAGCAUAUCAAUGUUUUCUAAUUGGUUUUCUGGUUUUUUUCUAGUUUUAUGAAAUUAAUUUUGUAGGAUAGUCUGAAUUUAACUUUUAUUAUGUCUACAAAUAAUUUAUCAUCAGUUUUAAAAUCAUGUUCGGAAAGUGAACUCAUUAACGAAGUCGCGGAAGCGAAUAUGACACCAAAACAGGUAGAAGGCUCCCGAUUAAAACGUACUUUUACCUUGCCUCGCAACCCCUUUGGGACAUCGAGGCCUAGUUCAAGCAAAAGUAAGACCACCGACAGUGAAAAUAAGCCUUCAAGCGCAAGCUCUGUAAUAAACGUUACGCAAAAAGACGAGGGUGGCCUGGAAAGGAAGUUGUUCAGAAGGCCGUCAUGGAAGAUAUUUUUGAAUAAGAUCGCGCAACACAUGAGUACGGUGAGCGUAUCUGGUGUGAAGUCUGCCCCGGCCACUGCGAACGGUGACCGUGUUCCAUGCACCGGAGAGCCGCCCUGGCCUCCGGGCACGGUCCCAGCGGCCACAGGCAUCAAGAACCACGGCAACACUUGUUACAUGAAUGCUGUACUGCAGUGCCUUUCUCACACUGACGUCAUUGCUGAAUAUUUUGUUUUAGAACAUUAUAAGAUUGAUUUGCAGAAAAGGAACAAGAUAAAUUCUAAGAAGUACGGUACUAGAGGAGAAGUGACGGAACAGUUGGCAGCUCUACUGAAAGCUCUAUGGUCUUGUAGGUACACACCAGACAUGAGCACAGCUUUUAAGGCUGCUGUGGAAAGGCAUGGUAACCAAUACAGAGGGAACAGUCAACACGACGCCCAGGAAUUUCUAUUUUGGCUGCUAGACAAAGUACAUGAGGAUCUCAACACAGCAACAAAGAAAAAAUACAAAACUAUAAAAAAUACAGUAGGGAAAUCAGAUGAGGUAGUGGCAGCAGAAACACUUGCAAAUCACGCUCGGAGGAACAGCUCGUUUGUUCAGGCAGUGUUUCAAGCACAGUAUAGGUCAGCGCUAACAUGUGCAAAAUGUGAUCGCACAUCAUGUACGUUUGAUCCGUUCCACUGUGUGAGUGUGCAGCUACCCACCAAGCCCGCGACCGCUCAGCCCUCUCCGCUACCUGUUAAUGUUGUGUAUGUAAAUCAGCAACCUCGGCAAGUUCGCAUUGGUGUGGAGUUGCCUCCAAACUCCACAAUGGACGACCUCCGGACAGCACUACAUGGAGACACUGGCAUUGACCGUGACCAUAUUAUACUGGCUGAGAUCAACGAGAAUGGCUGGUGUACCGGUCGCGCGAGCUGGGAGCCCGCCGGCAUAGAGCUGGGCGCCCUGUACAGUGUCGAGGCGCCGCCGCUGCUGCAGGCGCCCACCACGCCGUAUCUGUUGUUGUUGUGGGUUAACAUGCUCGAUGGGGACAGAUUCGGAUCGCCGUACGCGAUGCAGGUGCCCCGCGAGAUCUCGUACGAGGACCUGCAGAAGCUAAUGCUGAAGGAGAUGAGCCAGGUCAUAGCGGAGUGCGUGCUGGAGAACGCGCAGGGCAGCGACAUCUUCCGGGCGAGGAUCGCUGAGGCGCACCGCCCCAGGGACCCGGCCUACUUGCAGCCAGAGCUACCACACCCGCUCUUCGCAUUGGAUGUAGAGCAGGCGCUGUGUGCUCACGACAAGUAUCCUCACCUACGGCUCGAGCUGCUCUGGGACCCGGCGCACAGGGACAGCAUAAUCCGCGAGUCGGGCGAGGCGUGCGAGGUGCACGUGUCGGCGGCGGGUGCCGCGGCGCCGCUCACGCUGCACGCCUGCCUCGCGCACUACACGCGCGCCGAGCAGCUCGCGCAGGAGGACGCCUGGAGAUGUCCACAAUGCCAGAGAUAUAUGCCCGUUGUGAAAACUCUCGGUCUGUGGUCUCUUCCGGACAUUUUGGUGAUACAUCUCAAACGCUUUCGACAACAAGCCAAAGGUCGAACAAGUACAAAGCUUACCACGAUGGUUGAGUUUCCAGUUAACGAUUUCGAUAUGACCCCUCAUCUAGUGCGAAGGAACUCACCUAACGUUGAGUCACCGAGUCACUCGCGGUCCCCAAGACGGAGACACUCGAAACCUUCAAGUAAUCCACACGAGAACAUAUACGACCUGUACGCCAUUUGCUAUCACCAUGGGGACGAUUUGGAAACUGGUCACUACACGGCCGCUUGUAAGAACCCAUACGACGCGCGGUGGUACAAAUUCGACGAUUCGAGGGUCACAGCGGUCGAUGACGAGAACGUUUACAGCGAACUGGUCAACAACUCCGCUUACAUGUUGUUCUACAGACGCAAAAAACCGAACGUAGUGCACACGUGUUCGACUGAAGAAGGCGGUCACUGGGCGUUGAGGAUGCCCAAAUUCGCGAAAAUAGCCACAGAGAGUUUGAACGAAAUCACAGAAGUCAUAGAAGAAAUGGACAAUCCGAAAACUGAUUUGAAAGAUCAGAGAGUGAACGCUUCACCGUCUAAAAGUUCAAGUUCGAUACAUGACGCCAUACAUACGACGUCAGUGCAGUCGCCGACGCUUCAGAGGCCGCUGAUAGUCGAAGUGAACGGCGACUUGACGAAUGACGAGCUGAGCGACUACGAAAACGAAUCGAGCAUGCCGAUUGAGCCGUACAUCCAUAAGGAUGUUCACGUGAACCCAAAAAUGACCCCCGUCGACACGAGACGGCCCCGGUCCGUUGACUACCCGUCCCGGUCUACUACGUCACCGUCGUCGAGGGACUCCAAUAGGAACUACGAGAGCUCCCCGCUGGUGGCCAGUAUUAAUGAGGUCGAGUAUCCGACUACGGAGGAUUUGAUGCUGUCCAUGUUCCAAGAGUCGAAGUACAUAGUGCCUAGACAUCACAUCGCGGGGGAAUCUCAUAGGACAGGUGAGAAGUCGACCAUAUGGAAAACUCGAAUAUCCACAUAGCAGCAGCUGAUACCUUUUUUAAUGUGUAUAGAGACCCCCUCCCUUUAUUUAUUUUACAAAUACCCGUAGAUCUGAGGUUUCCGCUUAGAUGUUUGUUUGAAAUUAUAGUUAUAAUUGCGCGAAAUGCUAGAAUAAAGCUUGAGAUGUUCAUUAAUUAAAAAUACUCUACUAUAGACCAGUUCAUUGAAUACAAUACGAGCUUCCAACGAUGAAUUACGGCUUAGGAAUUAUUUAUCGACAUAGAUUAAACAAAAAUAGGACACUAGUUAAGCGAUUUGUCAAUUUUUACUUAAAUAAUCAUAAUUUGUGUACUCAAAAGGCCUAUGUUACGAUGUGCUAGAAACCCCCAUAGAUUAAACAACUGUACCUUACUACCCUAGGGUCGAAACACACAAAAUCGGACAAUAUGCAGUUUGCAAGACGUUGUCGACGUAGUAUUGUCGACAAUUUUAAAUAUUGGUCUUAUUAAGUGUCAUGAUACGUCAUGAUAUGUCAAUACUGACGUUUAUAUCAUGACACGUCAUGAUACAUCAAUACUGACGUAUCAUGACGUAGUAUCAUGACACUUGAUAAGACCAAUAUUUAAAAUUGCGAACAGUAUACUAAUAUCGACAUCCAUCGUGUGUGACGACCCUUACGAUAUUCACUCCUCGAAAUCAGCUAUUGAGUAAACGAUAUUACGUAGAUUUAGACUUAAUGCUACUUGUCAUAAAGUUUAAAAUUGCGUACAUUUUAAAAUAUGAUCGCUAUAGUCUGGCAAGUUCGUUGUGAAAUUGUGCGUGCGGGGAAAUGACGUGCAUCAGUCGUGGAUUAUUCAUUCAUCGCUACACGUCCCCCCGGCCCGCGCUUAACAUCGGGAGUGUUACGAACGAAGUUGCCAAGCUAUAGUUGAGAGUGUAUUAAUCGCAAAGGGUAUAUUUUUACUCGAAAAUUUGGUUGAUGUAACGCUAGAUGUAAUGGUAUUCGUAGAUAUAGCGGUUACGCGUCUCAAGGUUAUACAGAGGGCCGUUUAGAUGACGUCACAAUACUUGAAAGGUUUAGGUAUUUAACUAAAUUUGUUCAAUGGCUCGAUAUUUUUUUUUUUGGUGAUCUUAUGACUAAAUAAUAAAACGUUGUUUUGGUUUUGGAAUUCAGGCAAAGGUGAUGGUCCAUUUCAGGUCCACUAAUGCAAGCCGUAUCAAUGAAAUUUGAAAAAUACAAGGAUUUUAUUAAAAUCGAAAUAAGUGAGUAAAUCUAUCUAUUUUAAAAGCAAUAAAUAAAAUUAAAACCCAAAUUUUCGAGUUUUAACAAGAUGGCGCCCUUAUAGCAACUAUGUCACUGACAAUUGACAGCAAACUUCAAAUCGACUACUGCAUUAGAAACGUCAUCAAUGCGCCAUUAUUAAUUAUUAUAUUUAAUCAAAAAUAUUUUAAAAAUAUAUUUUCUUUUAUUUGCGCCAGGGUACAAUGACUGAUCCUGGGCUCCAUACAAUUUUGGACCAUCUCCUUUAAUUUUCUUUUUUAAAGAAUUCACCAUUUUCUUAUGUAAACUUAUUUGUGAAUUGUAAUAUAAAAAAUUAAAUACAUAAAUCUUUCAAGUAUAUUUCAAUAGUCAAAUAUGAAUACAAAAAUUUAAUCGGUUAAAUAUUUAAUUAUUAAACUUAACUUCUAUGUAUUUUAUUUUACAUGUAAUUUAUUAAUUAUAAUCUCCAUUGAUACUCGUUAAUAAUGAAAAUUAAAAACCUAUAUUGUUAUAAUAAUCUAAAAUAAACUAUUAACUAAAUUUCGCGAAUACCCCCAUUUCAUAUUCUUAGAACGAUGUGUAUUAAAUUAGUUUUGUCUCAUAAAUCUGAAUACUUUAAAACCUAAAUAAUAUGUUAGCACUCUGGAAUUUACAUAAAUCUUCAUAGUUUUCACAAAUAUUAAACAAUUUAUUUAUAAAUUACAACCCCAGUUUAUUUUUGGAGUUUACUCAUUAAGAAUCUAUUUUCCAUAAAUAGCCCCCGGUAUGAAAAAAAUAUGGGCAGUAAAAUUCGAUGAACGAAUGACAGCGUUACGUUUUUUGUGCGCAACCUAUUCUGCGCACCUUUCACCGUACGCUGUUAGCGGGCGCGCACGUCGCGGCCUGCUGCUCCUCGGCUUUCACUUUUCAGGCGUAAGUAUUGAGACGUACAUAGUGUAUGCUACGGGGUAACAUACACCUAUUUAGACAGUCGAUCUGAAAGAGUAAGCUCCAAACUUUUUUUUUAAAUAAAACUUUGACAAAAAUUACAUGAGCGUUAAUUAAGAUAUUAGCAUUGUUGUUCUUUCGAAUGUGUUUUAAUAAAUUAUCCAAUUAGCUCAUUUAUAGAUUUUAUUUUAUUAUUUAUUUUAAUAAUUUUGUUUAAUUUUUUUUUUGCACGCACUACCGACAAUAAAAUUAGUGUAAAACGGAUUGGAGUGAUGGAGUCAGUAACGUUUUUAGUUGAGACGCAGUGUUUGUUGUGGUGUGUAGUACUGUAUACUGUAGAAUAUAUUAUUUAUUAUUGUAAAUUGAACAGUAGUAUGUUAAAGUCAAUCUAUUUUUGGAAGUCCGUUUAGUUUUGGAUGUAGUGGUAGGAAAACAAGCGCAUUUCUUUGUAUAAAAUGAAGGUUUGUUUCGUUAUGUGGGCUACAGACUAUCAGUUUAAACUGUUCACAACUAUACUGUUUUCAAAGGACAUUAUAAAGUGGCACAAGAUUCAGUAUAGAGAGGUAGAGCGAAUAGAGCGAUUUCACGCAGGCGCUCAGCGGUCAUGGAGUUCUUAAGACCUACCUCUUGUCUCGAAGUCCGGAGGCACAGAGUAACCAAGUGAGUCUUUAUAAGCAACGUACUGAAGCCGUCGAAACUCAUUGAAAAGUUUUAAAACUAACAACAAUUACAUAAAUUAGUAUUAUAAUUAAUAAAAAAUACCCCAUCUUAUUUCUUUAGUUUUAGUUGACGAACUCCGUGGCGCAGUGGUAUGCGUGGUAGAUUUACAAAACUGAGGUUCUGGGUUAGAUCCCCGGCUGGUCCGAUUGAGAUUUUCUUAAUUGGUUCAGGUCUGGCUGGUGGGAGGCUUCAGCCGCGGUUAGUUACCACCCUACUGACAAUAGACGUACCGCCAAGCGAUUUAGCGUUCCGGUACGAUGUCGUGUAGAAACCAAAAAGGGGUGUGGAUUUUUAUCCUUCUAACAAAUUAGCCCGUUUCCUUCUUAUCUUAAUCUUAGACUGCAUCAUCACUUACCAUCAGGUGAGAUUGUAGUCAAGGGCUAAUUUGUAAAUAAUGAAAAAAAGAACAGUUUUUAAAACAUUUAAAAACAUAAGACGCCGUUGUUCUUGAAUAAUAUUGAAAAUUACUGAUGCGACGAUUCGUGUCGUACUGACUCGAGAUUGUAUUACUUUUUGAAUUUCGUAUUUGUAACGGCUACGACACCGUCCUGUACCGUACGCUCCAUCUGUAUAUUAUCGACAGCAAAAAAAUGUUUUAAUUGUACAGUUUUAUAAAAUCAUUAAAGAAACUACACGGUUGUCAGUUUAGUUUACACACGGACAGUUGAACCGAACAGUUCGAUUGACAAUUUUAAACUGCAGGUCUGUAACCCGCAUUAGAAAAGUGUUUUUCAGUUUUACACAUGAACAUACAGACUGUCAACUGUCUAUUUAAAAACUUGUCUUUUUACAGCUAACCACUAUAUCAAAAGCCAAACAGACUUCCAAACGAGACAAACUAUACAGUAUAUAAAGAAUUUCGACAUACAAUACCACACUUGUGCCUUGGCUAUAGGGUGUUAAUUUGUAAUUUAAAUAAAAAAAUGUUUACAUAGUACGAUACGUUAACGCGACAUACGUAAUAUAAUGGAAUAUUUGUAUGAAAUGCAACUGAUAUAGACUAUAUAAAGGUUAAUUAUAACAAAUAUGUUGUUUUAUAUAUUUUUUUUAAUUUGAAUUCUUGACCACGACAUGACGUAGAAGCACUUUAAUAAGUUACAUAGAUGUAUAUAAGCUGCUAUUAUGAUUUGUGCAAAUUUUUAGCUAAUGAUAAUACGUUAAUUACAUUACAGCGCAGUGAUAGCCCAGUGGAUAUGACCUCUGUCUCCGAUUCCGGAGGGUGUGGGUUCGAAUCCGGUCCGGGGCAUGCACCUCCAACUUUUCAGUUGUGUGCAUUUUAAGAAAUUAAAUAUCACGUGUCUCAAUCGGUGAAGGAAAACAUUGUGAGGAAACCUGCAUACCAGAGAAUUAUCUUAAUUCUCUGCGUGUGUGAAAUCUGCCAAUCCGCAUUGGGCCAGCGUGGUGGACUACUGGCCUAACCCCUCUCAUUCUGAGAGGAGACUCGAGCUCAGCAGUGAGCCGAAUAUGGGUUGAUGACGACGAAUACGUUAAUUAUAUUUUAUGGCUUCAAAUAGUAGGUGAGAGUUAGCAUAUUGAUAGUCUCUUUAUUUUUAAAUGUAAUAUAACAAUGCAUUAUAUUAUGCUGUUGAUAGAAGUCUAUGUAACUUAUGCGUGAAAAAAAAUCGUGACAAUGUUUUCUGCUGAGUGAUUUAAGAUUAACAAACGCAGAAAAUCACAGUACAUGCUUGUGUAAAGGACUUUUUUGAAUAGUCUCUUAUUUUUAUCAGUUCGCGAUAUUUCCAAUCCAAUUAUCCAAUCGACAUCGGGUAGUUAUACCCACGAUAUGCAAAUUGCAACCACCUAAUGCUAAACACUUACCAUCUAAUAAGUCCAGGAUGGUCGCAAUGUGCAUGACAUCCUGCAGAUUGCGACCAUCCUGGACUUAUGUCAACACACGAUCAGUUUAAUCGGAUGUCCUGCCGUUAGCGCUGCAAGCACGUGGACUUGUUGGAUGGUGAGUGGCUAGCGUUUUAGUAGACGCGGUUAUAAUACAUUGUCACUGAUUCGUGCUAGACCAUCUGCUCUGAUGGGUAUAAUAUGUAAAUUAAUUUUAUCUCGCACAUUCACACACUACGUAUGCUUGUGAUAUCUAGCGAAAGACUAAUAUAACUGAGAUCUUGCUAUUGAUACAAGUUUAAAUAUUGUGUUGAGGUGCCUGUAAACAUAAUUUAGAUAUUCGAUAUACUAUUUUUGGAAGUUAGAUUUUUUUAUUUUACAUACACACAGAGUAACCAGCGCGAGUAUUUACAAGUAACGUGUGAAGCCGUUGCAACCCAUAAAAAACAAACCUCACGCGUCUCCGUGACAACCGCAUAUACAGAAAUUCAAAAUUUGUAUUUCAAAAUUUAACACUAAGAACAAUUACGUAAAUUAUAUAUUAAUUAAUAAUUACCAGUCUUUAGAUUUUGUGAACAGUUUUUUAAAUAUUUAAAAACAUAAGACGCCAUUUUUUUUUAAUAAUGUUGAAAAUUACUAAAGAGACGCUUCGUGUCGUACUGACUCAAGAAUGUAUUCGUUUUUGAAUUUCGUAUUUGUGACGGGUACGACACCGUCGUGCUCCGUGCCUAUUAUUGAUUAAUUUGUGUACAUACAUAGCAUGUUUUUGCUGGCAUCUUACGUUAUCUAAAAUGAAAUGUCUUCUGAAAAUAGGAUAUCUAUUCCCAUAAAUCGCAUCGUCGUUCAAAUAAAUGCGUUUUGAAUUUAAUCCUUGGAAUGUUUUUGCGAUUACCUAUUUAGUUUUAACAGUGAAGUUAGUCAACAUUGAACAUAUUUUGCAAAGUGUAACAAUAAAUAAUUUAAGAAUGAUUUUGUGUAAUAUUGUAUAUAUAAUAUAAUAUGGCUUUGUAAUUUGUUUUAUACAUAAAUAGAUAUAUACUUUUUUUGUACCAAAUGAUAUUCUCUGUUCGGAGUAGGAUCGAAUGUAAAUAUUGGAGAUUCUCUUUCCAUUAUGGACGUAGGUAAGAUUUAAUGCCACGAUGUGAUUUUAUAAUUGAAUUUUAUUGAAAUUAUGUUUUUUUUUUUUUAUAUAUAAAAGACAAGUAUAAUAAGAAUAAUGUACGAUGUUAUCUUAUUAUUUACUUAUCAAAUAACUUAUUUACCAAUCGCAUAUGUUAUUAUGGAUAUUGCUUAAAAAUAAUAUUAUGUCAUUGUUGUAGGCAGCUGCAAGAAAAGUUUUAUUUAUUCGUGAGAAAAAGAUUUAAAAAAAAGUUAUGGUUUACAUUUUUCAUUUAUUAAUAAUGAAAGUUCAUGUAGAAUUAACUUUUGGAGUAUUAUUGUUUUGCGAAAGGCACACACAACACAGAGAACAGCAAAAACGUUUGUUACUUUUUUUUUUACUAUUAGAAAAGUUUUAUCGUUCGAGGCAAUUUUUGUUUGAAAUUUUGAGAGGCGCUUAUGAUAUUUUGCAACCCUGUAAUCCUGUCUAGAAAACAUUUUACCGGUAUUUUUUUUUUAUUAUAAUUAAAUGAUAUUUGCCACAUGAUUAAUGGAUCAUUAUCGUUUCACUAGAUUGAAAAAUAAAAUGUUUUUUUAAGACGUAUAAAUUUUAAUAUAUUUUUACCGCCUAGUACGAUUUUCAUUUUAAUGUGACCGUUAAAAAUACAUACAAAAAAAACAUUAAACAUAAAAAAAUUAUCAGUCCCGUUUUUUUUUGGAAAAAACUUACUUUGCAGUAGAAAAAAUCAAACUUUCAUUACUUGUAACAUAUAUUGAAAAAUAAUUAUCAAGUAUAAAAUCUUUGAAAAUGCGUUAUUUUAGUAGGCCUUGAUGUCAGCUGUCACUUGUAAAGUAAGUCGUAAUAUUUACGGGACACCCUGUAUUAAUUAAUUUAAAUAUAGGAAAAUAGAAUUUUAAUUGCGAAAGGGUUUUAUCGGGUCGCCAAUAGUUUUACAAUUAUGUUUCUUGUUGUUCACUGUGUUGUAUGUAAUAUAACUUCGUUAACGUUUUGGAUAUUUAUUGCAAAGUCUACAAAUUGUGUGUAAAACUCAUAGAAAGUCCCAUAGACCAACAUCAUCGUGUUUAUUGUCUGACGUCAUCACGCUUGUCGAGUGACGUCAUCAUGCUUGGCGGGUGACGUCAUCAUGUUUGACGGGUGACGUUGUCACACUUGUCUGGUGACGUCAUAACGCUUGUCUGGUGACGACUAGGCCAACUGUAGCCGUCAACAACAAUGAGGUUUCACAACCAACAGGUUGGUUGACGGUUGCAAUUGUCGUUUGUUUGUAAUAUCUAAGUUUAAAUGACUGGCUCUCAUUUUAUUUUAUAGAAGUGGACGAUAGCGGCCGAUUUGUUACUAAUUACUUUUAUCUCUAUGUUACAGUGAUUUAUUAUCAUUUAGAAUCGGUAUCAAAUGAUUUUUCGGAUUUUAUCUAAACAAUGUUUAUUAAUGUCUCUAAUGGAGGAAGCAGAAUCAGGAACUCUUUAGUUAAAAUUUUUCAAUUAUGUUCUUUUAUGAAUCAUGUUCUGAUUGUUUUUAGUUAAAAUAUGCAGUGACAGACCUAAGAUUGAAUUACACUUUCACGUUUGUCAUUAAUUUAUAUGAUACUUAGUGCAUUGCAUAAUGUGUUUUAUAUAAUUAAGCGAUGCAACAAAAUCCAAAUGCGACAUUGUGUAAUGUAUUGUCCUGCUUUAGUUAAAUUUUAACUGAUGCGGCCGCUCCUUUGCCACUUGUAAUAUUAAUAUUGUAUUGAAUUCGUUGUUUUAAUUUAAAAAUGUUUAUUUUUUUUAGUAGUUCACGUUACUUUAAAAUAUAAGUGUUAUGUGCACCUGA